AUGCAUCUGUCCUCCAUCCUCGUCCUCGCCGGCGCCGCCAUCGCCGCCGCGUCCCCACUCGCCGGCCAGCAGCUCCGGGCCCGCGACCCCUCUGACAAGUCGGGCAACUCCUACGUCGUCCUGCACACGCAGUCCGGCACCUAUCCCAACACGCCCGAAUCGAGCGAAGCAUUUUUCCAGAAUAAUCUCAAGUACCGCGGCCCGGAUGGCGUCGACCACACCGACCUCCCCUGCACGCAGCCGUGGACCGACAAGAACUGCUACCAAUGCACCGUCGCCGACGGCCAGUUCAAAUCCAACAUCGUGGUUAAGGCCUGCUGGGGCCCGCCCGCCGCACCACAGAUCUCCUUCUCCUAUAACGGCCACGACUACAACACCUGGAGCGGCCAGUCCACCUGCGGCCACAUCAUCAACAACCAGCCCUUCGGCGGCACUGAGGACGCCACCUGCUACUUUAACGCCUAG